AUGCAGUUUCCAUUUCGCUUGGAUUAUUUGAUACCGUUCUGGCGCACAAGUGAUGAGCCCAGGCCGCCGAAAUACAACUUCACCCUGGGAGACGACGUAUUCUCGCCAAUGGACUUGGUUUCAAUGAGUAAACCAGGCACGGCCUUCGCCAACCCAGCAGGGGAUCUAUUCUUGCUGCCCAUCAAGACAUACAAUGCAACAGAAGUGGACGAUCGGCAUUCCGUCCUACUUUCGUCUCUGGGUGCAGCUGGCCAACACACCCACGAACUUGUCUUGGGCGAGCGAGACUCUGUGUUCUGGCUGGAUUCACGUACUAUCGCACACGUCGUUCACAUUGAGACAGAAGAAUCUCCGUACGAGCAAUAUGACUUAAAGGCUCUGAGUCUUGAUCUCAAGGAUUCGUCCGAGGGUCACACUGGUUAUCUGCGCGUUCUAAGCUCGUCCUUAAUAGCGACCCUACCUACCCUUGGCGCAUUAGACUUCCAGUAUCUCCCUCAGGCUCAACGACUCGUUUUCUACGACCAGAUAUCCAAAGACGGCUAUUUCCCCGCGUAUGGACCAGAAGAGGAAGCUGAGCAACUUGAAGAUCCGCCACCAUUCUUUGGGUCUAUGUUCGAAAGACUAGAUGAUUCAGAUUUAGAUUCGUAUGUCGUUCGCGAACUCAGAAUGUCCGAUCUCUCCAAGACAGACGACGGCUCAUGGGCUCUGGGCACUGACUACAUUCGACUAACUCCACAUGAGCCACUGCCCGAAAUCACCGAACAGCAUGCCUACGAUCUCUCGGAAGCUCGUAUUAUCUAUGCGAUUGACGCCGAAGUUGAACCCUCAGGAUGCAUGUGUGGACUCGAGCUUCCUCAUGAUAUAUACGUGAACACCAUCGACGGUUCCACCACGGCUCGCCGAAUCGCAAAGGCAAGGUCUGUCACUAGCCCAAGGUUGAAUAAUGCUGGCACUAAGGCGGCAUGGUUUGAGGAUAACGCAAAGAUCGUAAUAUAUGAUAUCCUUCAAGACGUCGAAUUCACAUUGAUAGAUCGAAUGGAUCUCUAUCCUACGUCCCUGGUGUUCUCUGAAGUCGAUGAUACUUUGUAUUUCACCGGCGGGAAUGACAUUAUGGUCUCGGUGUACUCCUUACCCGUCCCUGAAACCCCCCUCUCUGGCCCCCUCGACCCCCACCCCGUACCGACUUUCAUAAAGGAAACUACCUCGCUGCGCGGGCUCCAAGCCCUUCCAAACGGCAGCCUCUUAGCUACUCUAUUAUCUUACGCAUCCCCGAACGAGGUCGUCCUCAUCCGUGAUCCACAAGGGUCGAACUUAGUCGAACAAAUCACCCAUGUCAACGAUGGUAUAAUCCGCCGAACUAAUUUGACUGGAGGCGAAGCCUUUGACAUCCCAGGGAUAGACAAUGCUCACGGCUGGAUAUUUAAGGCGAAGGGUUGGGUAAAAGACGAUGGUAUCAAACGGCCAGCGAUUCUGAUACAUUACAAAGGUGAAUACUGUGAAAUCACUGUAGUAUCUCGGUCUGAUGUGUGGGGGUUGGAGGUCCUGGUGCAUGGCGUAACCAAUGGUCUAAUCUAUCAAACCCCAAUAGGAUUCUUUGUUGUGCUCAUCAGCACCAACCCUCUGCCUCGAGUGUGUUCAAGCGAUCCGCAAAGGUUGAAGAAGUUGUCAGCUGGUUGGAAUCAUGUUCUUUCGGCAUACCUCGAGAUUGAUCGCCUAAGAACGAUAUUCAUUGACGAAGACCUAAAUGAAACUAUACUUCGUGCUGUCACCGACUCGGGGUCCAAACAUGGAUUUCAAUUCAGAUUGGCGUUUGGUACCUUCUCUACCGAUCAUAACCUAUAUUUCCAAUGCCUUGAUCGCGAUGACGUUUAUCGAGCCUACGAUUUCCUACAGUCGGUAGCUCAAUAG